ACUUCCAUCACGGCGUUACCUUGACAGCAGCGCUGUUAUAUUCCCCGUUUCUGCAUCCACGCCGCCUGCCUCAGUGACAGAGAGGCCGUCUAUCAGUCAGGAAUGGGAAGUCUUUGGAAAAACCUUCUCUGACACCUCUAACCCUAAACAGAUGGAGGUCAGUUCCGUUUAUGUGCAGGGCGAUGGCAGUGAACACGACAGGCCCGCUCAGCCACGGGCUUUCCUAACAGGCGAAGACCGGAAGAGCGACCACCUUAGGGUGGGACCCUACGUGGACUUCCCGGUGUCGGUGGUUCUUCCUGCCGGCGGCAGCGGGGAGAGAACCGGACUGCAGACACCAAAACAGUUCUGUCCGUUUCUGGGUAGACCGCUCAUAAGCUACACUAUAGAGUCAUUUGAGAGGGUGUCAUGGAUCCAAACCAUCAUGGUUGUUGUUGCCAAGGAAAACAUUGGCCUGAUGAAGGACAUCAUCCAACAGUUCCAGCACAAUAAGGUCCGAGUGGUACCCGGUGGCUCAACUCGGCACCGGUCUAUAUGCAACGGAGUGGUGGCUCUGGGGGAGGAGGGGAGGCCAGCAGCUGAUAAACCCAAGGUGGUCAUCGUACACGAUGCUGUGCGCCCGUUUGUGGACGAGGACUUUCUGUACAAGAUAGCAGUGGCUGCCAAGGAGCAAGGAGCAGCUGGAGCUAUCCGGCCGCUUGUUUCCACAGUGAUCGCCACGACAUCGGAGGGAUACCUGGAUCAUUCCUUAGAGCGAGCCAAGUACAGGGCCAGCGAAAUGCCUCAGGGGUUCACAUACGAUGUCAUCUAUCAGGCCUACCAGAAGUGCACCGAGUCCGACUUCGAGUUUGGUACCGAGUGUCUCCAUCUGGCUUUGCAGUACUGCGGCACCAAUGCCAAACUCAUCGAUGGUCCGCCAACUCUGUGGAAGGUGACCUAUAAACGGGAUUUGGCUGCUGCUGAGUCCAUCAUCAAAGAGACUCUGUCGCAGUCAGCUUGCCUUAUCACAGGGGGAUUGGAAGCCGGUGUGACUCUGGGCAAAUUCCUCCAGAAGGCUUUUGGAUCUUUAGAUAUGGAGCUGAACGUCACGCCAAAUCUGAUGGGAGACAACGUCAGGUAUCUGUUAAAAGACUGGAACUUCAUCCAGGUUUCUGUCAGUCCUUCUUGCCUUUCAGAAGUUGAAGCCAUACUCACAGCUUUACAGGCAGAAAACCGAGCUCUUCUCAACCCAGCAGUUAUCAUUUGGAUGUAUUUGAGCGGCACAGAUGAGCCGUCUACCAGCGGGAGGCCAGCAGAGUCUGCGGCACUGAUAAGCCUGGCCUCAACAGCCAAGCUCCGAAAUAUUCUUCUCUACGGCAUCCGGCUUCAUCAGCCCGAGGAUACAGAGCAGUGGGAGAGGUCGGCGUCACGGGUCGCUGACAUUGCGUCAGCCUUGAUCCGGGACAGAAACCCUGCCUUGGUGGGACAGCUCCUGCAGGCAUGAAGAGAGACGUUAUCAACAAACCCGUCAUCACUGCUGAAAGCUGCUAGACUGAAGCUGGAUUGUUGUCUGUUGAUGUAUUUAAUUAUGCACCAGGUUUAAAGGAGGCUGUAAAGUUUCUAACCUUGGGCAGAUAGAUAAGCUGAGAGGUUUUGACUUUUACAGGAAGCUAUGUGAUAAAACGGCUCCCACAACGCUUCUCUGAGCUGUUGUUGGAUGAUCAGCCGGUACUUUCGCUGUUGCACGUUUCUGCUCUAAUGUACUGUGUUUUUUAUUGAAAUCUGGUUUUAUGCAGUUGGACCUGCUUUUAGGAGUCCAAAAGAUAAUAUACGGAGGAAAAUAUUAGAAUUUUACAUAUUUUUAAAUAUUUAUGUUUUUUUUAAUCAACGGGUUAA